UUGCGUCGCACUACCGGUCACACAAACAGGAAGGUCGAGCACAUCGGCGUUGUAUUGAGGCAGAGAAUAAACCAGGCUGCAAUCAUGCUGGGACAAGCUGUGAGGCGAUUCACGACGUCUGCUGUUCGUGCUUCACAUUAUGCUGAAGGACCAGGGCAGAACUUGCCAUUUUCGGUGGAAAACAAGUGGCGUCUGCUCGGCAUGAUGGUGAUGUUCUUUGGCAGUGGCUUUGCAUUCCCCUUCAUCGUCGUCAGACAUCAGAUCCUGAAGAAGUAAAAUGGUCCCGUGCUGUUUUUCAGCCUUCUAGGUCGUCACCUGGAUGGUAUUUAUCCAUCAGAGCUCUAUCCAGGCAGAAGAAUGGGAAUCUCUUAAUUUUGUUUGUAAAUAAAGUUUCCUCAAAUAUGA